GUCUAAUCCUCCUCCCACCCACGUCCCUUUCCUUUCCUCCCAUCUGCAAAAAGACCACAGAAUCGAUCACCACAAGCAACAAUGGAUUUCGUCAACAAGUUCACCGGCGGGGACUCUGGAAAGGACUCCAACAACCAGUCCGAGAACAAGGAGGGCCAGUCCUCUGGUGGGUUCAUGGACAAGCUCAACGGCAUGGCUGGUGGUGGUGAGAAGGGCGAGAAGAACGAGGAUAGUCUCGACAAGGCCGUCGACUUUGUUCAGGAGAACGUGCUCGGCCAAGGCCAGCAGUCCAACGAGAAUGCCGCGGAGCAGGCCAAGGAUGAGGCCAUCUCGGACUACAUCCGCGACCAGUACAAGAGCACCACGGGCACCGACUUCCCCAUCGAGGACAAGGACAAGAAGUAUGGCGUUUAAGGCAUGCCGUACAGUGUCUGAAUAGAAUAAUGAGAACACGAA